AUGAAUAACUCUAAUCCUGAACAGAAGGAUUUAUAUCCAAAACUGAAACACUAUUUAAAAACACUCAAUCUAUUUAAAUCCUAUCCACCGUCAUCUGAACAACAUGAUUUGAAUAAUGAAUUAAUAUCGACACGUUGUUAUAUUUUUUUACUAAUUAUAUCACUCAUUGCUCUUAUUCUGUAUAGAUCAUUAAUACCAACAACGACUACAAACCAAUUUAAUUCACUCUAUAAUGAAAAUUCACAAACAUUGACAUGUCUAUGUUCAACGGUAUCAAUUGCUUAUGGUACACUUACAUGA